UGUGCAGCAUUUCUGAGAGCUUUCCGAGCGCCAUGGAGCAUUUGUUUUUAGUGUUUCUGGGUUUGCUGCUGGUUCCUCAGCGGGCACACGGCAGGACAAACUGCAAGCCCGUAACCUCCACCUUUUGUCAGGGUUUAGGGUACACCACCACCCAAUACCCGCUCGGAGCGACGGGCUACAGCCUGCGGGACAUCGGUCAGAUCGUGGAGACUUCGUGCUCUCCGAACGUGGCCGUGCUCAUGUGCCGGGUCGCGGUGCCGGAGUGCGGCUCGGAGGAGGACGGUCGGAUGAAGCCGUGCCGAGCCCUCUGUGAGAAGGUCAGGACCGACUGUGACGCUCAACUGAAGGCCAAGAGGAUCAGCUGGCCCUCGAGGCUCCGCUGUGACUCUCUGCCCGAGUCCAACUGUGUGCAGGGUCAGGUCUUCAGUCACCCUAACCCUACUCAAACAUCGUCUGGUACAUGUGAGGAGAUUAGGGUCCAUCUGUGCCUAGACCAGACGUACUCCGAGACCGUGAUGCCCAACAUCCUGGGCCACACAUCUCAGGCGGUAGCAGACCUGGAUAUGUCCAAGUAUUCCCCUUUCAUCCAAGUGGACUGCUCCUCUCAUCUGAAGCCGUUCCUGUGCUCCGUCUACUCUCCGAAGUGUGUGUCCGGCACACGUCAGCCACCCUGCAGGACGCUGUGCGAGAAGGCGAGGACGGGCUGUGAAUCUCUGAUGAAGAGGUAUGGCAUCCUGUGGCCAGAAGCCCUGCGGUGUGAAGCCUUUACCACCGAGACCUGUGAAAACACUCUAGGCCUCGAUCAAACAUCGCCUGCGUCCUGUCAGGAGAUCACCGUCCCUUUCUGCAAAAACCUGCCUUACACUCGGACUGUGCUGCCGAACAUGAUGGGCCACACCAAUCAGGAGGAUGUCGGCCUGGAAGUGAACAACUUCCUUCCUCUGCUUAAAGUGGACUGCUCCCCUCAUUUACAGCCUUUCCUGUGCUCCGUCUACACCCCUGAGUGUGUGUCGGGAAUGCCCCGGCCCCCCUGCAGGACGCUGUGCGAGCAUGCACGCUCCGGCUGCGAAACACUGAUGACGAGGUUUGGCUUCCAGUGGCCGCGACUCCUCAGGUGUGAUGCCUUUACCACGGAGUCCUGUGAACACUACGGAGUGGGCAGCAGCGGGGGGGUCUGUGAGGCGAUCACCAUCCCCAUGUGCCAAGGCCUCUCCUACAACCAGACCAUCAGCCCCAACCUGCUGGGACACACCAGUCAGAGAGAAGCGGUGGCGAAGAUGUCCUUCUUCAACGCCAUGGUGCAAACCAUGUGCCCCGUGGACCUCCGCCUGUUCGUGUGCAUGGUGUACGCCCCCAAGUGUUUGGCCGGGGAAGCGCAGCGGCCCUGCAGGUCCUUCUGCGAGAGGGCCAAACAGGGCUGCGAGGGGACCAUGAGCAGCUUCGGGGUUUCCUGGCCAAAUGAUCUGCAGUGCAGCCGUUUCCCAGAGCAAAUGUGUGUGUCGGAAGAGAGCAAGCCAGAUACGCUGAGCGCUGAAGGAGUUCUGGCUAAGCUGAACGCCGGGGGCUACACCGUUCAUGGCAAUACCCUGACUCUCAAGACAGCCCAUCUGCUGUUGAGGCUCAUGGACGCAGACCGGAGUGGAGACCUGGACGUGGUGGAGGUCUUCAAGAUGGAGCACUAUGUGGCUGUUGUCAGGCGGGAAUAUGUGGAGAGCUGCGAGAGCAGGAACCCGCCCUCCGUCACUCGAACCCAAAUGAAAAAGGCUUUGUCCGUCCAUGAGUUCGACUUGGACGAUGAAACCUUCGGAGUUCUGUGGAACGGGAUCCGCUCCAGACACGGGAUCGACUACGACGAGUAUGUGGCCGUCAUUACCAAACUCCUGAUCCUCAGAGAGCGGUUCAAUACUCACCUGCUGAGGUUACCGUGUGACUGCCAGGUGGCCAGCUUCUCAUACCAGCAGUUCAUGAAAUCUGCCAUAAUCUGAGGCUCAAACGGAGGCUGAAUGGAUUCAAGAGGAAUGUUUUUUUAAGUAGCACGAACGUUAAGAGCUGUCCUUUUGUUUCCUGCAUUCACAAACCUUCCUCCCUCAGAGACAGAAACAUUAAACACUGAGAAUUAGUUGUUGAACAUUUCUCUUAUCAA